AUGGAUCGCUCAAAACCCCAGUCUUUCAUCACAACCUACGCCCCGCGUCUGCGCGUGUACAGCAACUCCCUCCUCACACCUGCUCAGUCCUCGGGCCAACCCAUCGCGCCCUUGUCUCGCACCACGAAGCGCGGCACAACUAUAAUCAACUAUGCGGAAGACGGAUACGAGGAGAUUGACGAGGACAGCGAUGAUCCCCGCAGACGGCCGACUGGGCUGAGGAGCCUACGAAGGGAGGACACAAGCCAACGUGCCGACUCAGGGGAUCGACCGGCCAAAGAGACAAGGGAGCCCGUCGACGUCCAGGGAAUUUGGCGAGACUGGAUAGGGAAGCCCCGUAAUGUGAGGACGGACCAGCAGCUCGCCGCCCAGGCCAAUCUGCCAUUGACCCUGAUCCCGAUUCGGAUUGACAUCGAAAUCCCCUCCUUCACGCCGCCAGCGCCUUUCCCGGUUCCGAAUCACAACUCAAUCGACUUGUCCAUGCCGCAAUACCGCCCACAGGAGCCAACGCCGACCUUCAAACUGCGCGACAUCUUCUGCUGGAACCUGCACGAGACGCUCAUUACGACUGAUCAGUUCGCCAUGACAAUGGUACAGGAUCUGGAUCUACCGAACAGAGCCUACUGGGCCCAGGAAAUUAGCAAACAGAUCCGGACGCAGCUGGAAGAAUAUUCAGGCGUCGCACUGCACCCUCUCUUUCACGCAGAAGCCCAGGCACCGGCACAGCCACAAGCUGUUGCGCCUGCAACGGCCAAUGGCGCUGCCAACGACACACCCAAGCCUGUCGAUACGCCCAGGCUACUCUCCAUUGCCAACACGCGCGACGGGUCACCGUCCACGCCGAACCAAGCGGGCUCCCAACCAGAUACUCCAGGCCCAACGACGACUGGUGGCGUGGGAACUCCUGCUGCGCCAACUGCGGACGAGAAGCCCAAAGUCACAGCCGAGGCAACCCCUAUUCUUCCCGGCUCCGACGAAUACAACCCCGACGACACCUACCGCUGUAUUGUAAACAUUAAUCUGAACCUGUCCUCCUUCCUCUACACCGACAAAUUCGAGUGGUCAUUGCUGCAUCCGCCCGGUACGGCCGAGGCUUUCGCCAAGAUGACCUGUACCGAUCUUGGUUUGACGGGUGAGUGGGUUCCAGCCAUGACCCACGCAAUCUACGAAGCUGUCCUGCGCCUCAAGAAGGAGGCGUGCGAGGCUGGAGGUAUCGUCGCCGGAUGGGGCGGUCUGCAACAAGAGCUGCCCAAUGACGCAGUACACGGCACAGAAGCAGGAUGGCGGUACGAACCGGACCAUCUCGCUGACGACUGGGAGCCGAAGAUUGAGAUUCUGAGCAAUGAAGAGAUUGAGAAACGAGAAGGCGAUCGCGGGCGGGAAGUCCGUCGCCUGCGCCGCGAGACAGCCAGAUUUAGCUCUACAUCUGGUCUUCUCGGUGGAGCACCCUUUGGCGCCGCGGCAGCGGUUCUGGAUGCGGACGAGGAGCGAAUGGGCCGCGGUGAGCGCUCCAAGAAGAAGCGUCGUUUCCGCAGUCUCAGUCCGCAGGGGCGGUCAGGAACGCCAGGAGGCCGUGGGACACCCGACGUUGGUGGCUAUGGGGGUGGUGGUGCCUUGACGGAGCCAGAGCGGUCGCAGUGGCGAUGCACGCAUUGUAAGAUUUGGGGUUCGAGUGUGUGGGCAGUUCGUGACGGCCCAGCUGGUCCAAGGUCCCUGUGUGCCAAUUGCGGCCUGACCUACGAGCGUGACAGGAAAUUGCCUCGGCAGACUAGAGAUCUGCACCUCCUGGACCGCUGA